GAACUGAGUAAAACAAAAAUGGCAGCUUCCUUUUCGUUGUAGAAUUUCGUUUUGCUGCCAGAGGCAAUGUAAAGCCAGUGUCCUGUAGAAACACGGCUCUCCUUCUGAAACUCGGAGUUUUCGCCACAUUCCCUUACACUCUCUUACCAGGAGAACAUGGAGAAAAGCGGGAGCAUCGACAGCUUGGGCUCGAAGCCUUCUUCCCGUCAGCCGAGUGUCGAUUCAUUGUCCAGCACUUCCACCUCCCGCUCAGACCGCUCGGCCCAGGCCAAACCCCCGUCGGCUCUGUCCUCCGACUCUGCAGAGUUCUCUCCGGAGCUCAGGGUCAAGCCCAAAGCCACUGCCAAGAAGGUGCUUAGAGAUUCAGACAAAGAAGAACCACAGUUACUUCCAAAUGAAACGGUGCAGGAUAUGGCACAAGACAUCACUUACUUCUGUCCUUUCACCGGAGCUGUGAGAGGAACAGUGAUGAUUACCAACUACAGGCUGUUCUUCAAAUCCAUGGACAGGGAGCCAUCGUUUCUUCUGGAUUUGCCUCUCGGAGUGGUGAAUCGCGUGGAGAAGAUUGUGACGGCAUCGAUCGGCGAUGUUUCCUACGGACUAGUGUGCAGGGAUAUGCGUAAUCUACGAUUUGCUCACAAACAAAUAGAGGACACGCUCCGAAAAUCUAUUUUUGAUGCUCUGAUGAAAUUUGCUUUUCCCGUUUCCAACGGCCUGCAAAUCUUUGCCUUUGAAUACGGGCAGGUUUUUCCCGAAAACGGUUGGAAGGUGUAUGAUGCCAUCUCCGAAUACAAAAGGCUGGGUAUACCCAAUGAAAGCUGGAGGAUAACCAAAGUAAAUGAUCACUAUGAGCUGAGUGACACCUACCCAUCAACUCUGGCCGUACCAGUCAACAUACCAGAUGAAGAGCUGAAGAGAGUAGCUGCUUUCAGAGCGAAGGGCAGGAUACCUGUGUUGUCUUGGAUUCAUCCAGAAAGUCAGGCUACGAUAGCACGCUGCAGUCAGCCGAUGGUCGGGGUGAACGGGAAGCGCAGCAAAGAGGACGAGAAGUGCCUCCAGGCGAUCAUGGAUGCUAACGCUCAGUCCCAUAAACUUUUCAUUUUCGAUGCCAGACCCAGCGUCAACGCUGCGGCCAACAAGAUGAAGGGUGGCGGGUAUGAAAGUGAAGAUGCGUAUCAAAACGCUGAGCUCGUGUUUUUGGACAUCCACAAUAUCCAUGUGAUGAGAGAGUCCCUCCGCAAGCUAAAGGAGAUCGCUUACCCCAAUAUUGAGGACUCGCACUGGCUUUCCAAUCUGGAGUCCACUCACUGGCUUGAGCACAUCAAGCUGAUCCUGGCAGGGGCACUGAGGAUCGCAGACAAGGUGGAGUCAGGGAAAACGUCUGUGGUGGUGCACUGCAGCGACGGCUGGGACCGCACGACGCAGCUCACCUCCUUGGCCAUGCUCAUGCUGGACGGUUACUACCGCACCAUUCGAGGCUUUGAGGUGUUGCUCGAGAAAGAGUGGCUAAGUUUCGGUCAUCGCUUCCAGCUGCGGAUCGGUCACGGUGAUAAAAACCACACAGAUGCAGACCGUUCACCGGUUUUUAUCCAGUUCAUUGACUGUGUUUGGCAGUUGACUCACCAGUUUCCUGCAGCUUUUGAGUUUAACGAAUACUUCCUGGUUACCAUCCUGGAUCACCUGUACAGCUGCCUGUUUGGGACCUUUCUGUGUAACAGUGAACAGCAACGACUGAAGGAAGAGAUCCCCAAGAGGACAGUGUCACUGUGGUCCUUCAUUAACAGCCAGCUGGAGGACUUUUCCAACCCUUUGUAUGUGAACUACUCCAACCACGUGCUGUUCCCUGUCGUCAGCUUACGCCACCUGGAGCUCUGGGUUGGCUACUACAUCCGCUGGAACCCUCGCAUGAAACCUCAGGAACCUAUUCACCAACGACACAAGGAGCUGUUAGCAAAGCGCGCCGAGCUUCAGAAAAGAGUAGACGAGUUACGGCGGGAGGUGACGAACCGUUCUCUUUCCUCUUCCUCCGAGAGGGCCGGCUCGCCCACACGCUCCAUCACGCCAGUGCAGACCUUUGUUUGACACGUCUUCAUGUUUGUGACCGCCUCAGAAGCUCUGUCCUGCCUUCUUGCCUGUGAGAGGGUGCCAUGCAACAGUAACAGUAAAGGUCACACCUGGAACCUUGGUGGAAAUGUGAGACACGCUGCCCCUUUAGUUUACAUACUACCAGUUAAUGAGCAGAGUGUUUGCUUUUCCCACCAAUUCCUUAGAAAGGACGCAAGCAAAAUAUAUGAGGAGUGUGUAGUUUAUCAACCAACCAACGAUCAGUGUUUUCUUUAUAGUGCAGUAAAUAAUACUCCGGUAAAUGUUUAUGCCUUAUAUGCUUCAUAGGAACACUCACUUUAUUCAUGUGAAUUGUCUACAGCUGAUAAACUAUAAACAUGAACUGUGUGGGGAAGAGCUUAGACAAACUAAUGUGUUGUCCACAUGGGGACAGUUUUUUGUGAAUACGCAAAAGUUCCUUUUAUAGUUUCAUCUCUA